AGGCUGGUUGGCCCGCUUUCUUCGUCCUCUUCUUCUUCUUCUCCCAAGGCGAGGGCGAGGGCGAGGGCGAGGGCGAGGCGCCACAACACAACGACGAGGGGGCGAACGCGGCCGCCGCUUCCGCCCCACAUCCCCGUCCCCUGUGCUGGAGCCGGGCUGCUGCGGACCGGACUGCAGAUCCGUCGUCACUCGGGGCUUGGGAUACAAGCAACUCUCGCUUAUACUUUGCGUCGAUCACCUUCUUUUGUCAAUGGAGACCACUGAACCUCUACAGGAUAUCAUGUGUGAGUUUCGUGCUGGUAAGAUGUCUCUUGAGGGAACACGAGUGGUUCCUGACACACGCAAGGGUCUUGUCCGCGUUGGGAGGGGUGAAGAAGGUUUAGUCCAUUUUCAGUGGCUUGAUCGUGGACAGAACAUCGUUGAAGAUGAUCAAAUCAUCUUUCCUGAUGAGGCGGUGUUUGAGAAGGUCACAGAAUCUUCUGGAAGGGUUUACAUCUUGAAGUUCAAGCAUGACAGCAGAAAAUUCUUCUUCUGGAUGCAGGAACCAAAUGCUAAUGGGGAUGCCCAGACUUGCAUGCAAGUUAAUGCCUACAUAAACCGACCAUUAGAUGCUGAGGCUGAUCUUCGAGUACCUAUUGAAGCAGAAAUGUCUGAAGAUACGGCCGAUGAUGAUAUCUCUUCCAGAGCUGGGAAUUUAGUUGAGAGCAUGACCGCUGAUUUGGCUGGUGAAGUGACGUCUGCUGCUGGACCUGUACUCUUGGAGGAUCUGCAGAGAAUUCUGAGUGCAAUACAGCCAUCAGGUGCUGCGUCUUCUGACCCUGAUGCUGGACUAGGACUAGGAGACAUCUUGAAGCCUGAUUUGGUCUUGCCAUUAAUUGAGAACUUGCCCAUUGAACAAUUAGCAUCACAUCUUCCGGAGGGCUCAUGGACUCCUGCUGAUAUCAUUGAGCUUCUCCAAAGUCCUCCUUUGCGCCAACAGUUAGAUGCAUUCACCCACGUUCUACGGACUGGGCAGAUAGACCUUGCACAAUUUGGAGUUGACCCCAGCAAAUAUAAGUUCACGGUUGCCUCGUUCCUGGAGGCAUUGGAAGACUCGGUUGGAAGAGGUGCCUCUGAAGCUGGAGACAAGGAUGGAGAGGCCCAGCGAGGCAGUGGGAAUGAUGCCAUGGACGAGAGUUGAUAGUUGAUAGGGGCAGCAUCCUUGUAUCAAGUCAACUGCUCAUAUGGUGACAAGUCUUGUGUUGUUCGCAUAGAACGCUAGCUAGCUAGCUCAUGGUAUUUUGGCACACUGAAAGUAAGUCUCUAGACAAGUUUUGGACAUUAUUACUGUGAUGAGAAGUAGUGAUAGGCAACAGUUCAUCAGACGGUCUGGUUGGAUGGAUCUUGGAUUCGAUGGCAUUGAAGCUUGGAAGGCUGGAUUGUUUGUUUUGGGGGUAAAUCUUGAAUGUCUGUGCUCUUUGCUGACGUUUUGAACGAGGCUUGGUAAACAAAUUGCAUUUUUUUAA